CCACAGAAGCUGGUUACUUCUCAGGCCCUACUGGCUGGUGCCCUGCAAACCAGGGGCCUUGUGUUGCCAGAACUUCUGAUUUUUCAGAUUUUAUUUAUUAUUAGAGACAGGGUUUCAAUCUGUUGCCCAGGCUGGAGUGGAGUGGUGCAAUCAUAGCUCACUGCAGCCUCGACCUCCUGGGCUCAAGCAAUCCUCCCACCUUGUUUUCCCAAAGUGCUGGGAUUACAGGUGUGACCCGCCUCGGCCCUCCAGAGUGCUUAAUUUAUAGGUGUGAGACCCCGCAUUAGAACCUGAUUUUUCAAUUUUAUUUUUUAAACAAGAAUGGGACUCCUUAUUUUAAAAUGUUAUUAUAUUAACUUUAAGACAUUUUAAAACACCAAGAGCCAAGCGACAUCACUGUGAGGGUCUGAUUCAAGGGGUUGGGGCUGCACCCCUCUGUGGGACUAAGGUUUGAGUCCUCCUCUAUCUUAUUAUUAUUAUUUUGAGACAGAGUCUCACCUUGUCGCCCAGGCUGGAGUGCAGUGGUGUGAUCUCGGCUCACUGCACCCUCUGCCUCCCGGCUUCAAACGAUUCUCCUGCCUCAGCCUCCCAAGCAGCUGGGACUACAGGGGUGCGCUACCACGGCCGGCUAAUUUUUGUAUUUUUAGUAGAGAUGGGGUUUCACCCACCAUGUUAGCCAAGCUAGUCUCGAACUCCUGACCUCGUGAUCCGCCCGCCAAGACCUCCCAAAGUGCUAGGAGUACAGACACCGUGCCUGGCCGAGUCCUCUAUCUCUUGCCCAGUCAGGCCUGGGGUCCCCACAGAAAAGCACCAAGAACAAUGGUGCAGGCGGGCUGGGAGCUGGGGAAGGAGCCUAGGCCACACCAUUCCAGGCGGAAGACAGACCCUGGACUCCACCAAUGCCAGAGCUCAUCCUGACACCCCAGCUGCACCUCUUGGGAGCAGGUGCAGACAGGCUUGUGGGUGGGGGUCUGGGGGUGGCCGCUGAGCGCACCGACCCCUCCCUGGGUUCCUGGGGUCGCCUGUCACUUCUGCCCCCACACUGGCCAUUCCCUCUGCCUGGACAUCGCUUCCCUGCCCGUGACCCCAUGUCCCUCCAAGUGCGGGCUCCACAACCCCAGUCUCCUCCUGCACUCAACCGCCACAGUCCACCCGUAAGACGUUCACCCCGCCCGUCCCUCCUCCCUCCCCACCCACAAGACGUUCACCCCGCGCGGGCCCGGGGAUCUGGUGGAGGCGUGGACACCUGGCCCCCUCCCCACCACAGGGGUCGCCUCCUCCCUCCACCAUCCUGGGGUCCCGGGCAGGCCCCGUGGACUGGCGGAGGGGGCCCAGCGCGGGGCCUGGUCCUCAGCGGGCGCCCCGAUGAACGAGGCCGGGCUGGGGUUCGGGGAAGGCGGUGGUCGCAGCGGCGGGACCUCGGGGUCACCUCCGAGACCUGGCCAGGGUGUCCAGGAGCGGGGCGAGGUUGUGGGCGCCCCACGAGUGUCGAGGGCGCUCCCGUCCCCUCCCCGCACGCCCCGUCCUCGCCCCGGCCCGAGGCCCAGCUGGGCAAACCCCCGCAACCCGCGCUUCCCCGCUCCGCGCCGCUGCCCCCGCGUGACCGGAAGUUCCUCCCCCCGCGGGCGCGGGCGGGGCGGGGCUGGCCGGCGGUACUUCCGGUGCCCACGCGCCGCCGUCGCGCAGCUCCCGGGCCGUCACUUUGUGUAGCGCGGGGCCCGCCGCCGGCCCGCAGGCCCCGGCCCCGGCGUCCGGCCCGUGGCUCGGCCAGCCCGGCCCGCGCGGUCUCUGCAGGAGGAGGCGGCUCCGGACGCCCCCUGGGGGGCGGGAGGCGCUCGGCUCGUCGCCCCAGGAGCCCGCUUUGUGACCUUGGGGGCCUUAUCCGGGCUUUCCCUCAUCUGCAGAAGGAGCCCCGGUGGGCUGCUCGGCUGUCUUCUGCUGCCGGCAGGAAGGAGCCUGACCUGCCGGCUUCCUGGCACCUGUCUCUCCUCCCAGCCCCGUCGUGCCUUGCAAGUGCCUGCAUCCUGUCUGUGCUGAGACCUCUUGGCGUUCCCUGCUGGCCUGGUUCAUGUGUGUUGAGGACCAGGCCACGUGGAGGCUCGCUCCCAGGGAGGAUGGCGGCGCUCCACACGACUCCCGACUCCCCAGCUGACCAGCUGGAGCGGGCAGAGGACGGGUCAGAGUGCGACCCUGACCAGGAAGAAGAGGAGGAGGAGGAGGAAAAGGGGGAAGAGGUGCAGGAGGUGGAAGAAGAGGAGGAGGAGAUAGUGGUGGUGGAGGAGGAGGAGGAGGGUGUGGCAGAGGUAGUGCAGGAUGCGCAGGUGGAGGCGGUGGCCGAGGUGGAGGUGGAGGCGGACGUGGAGGAGGAGGAUGUGAAGGAGGUGCUGGCAGAGGAGCAGUGUCCGGCGUUGGGGACCCAGGAGCGACUUAGCCGUGGUGGUGAUGCCAAGUCCCCAGUUCUUCAGGAAAAGGGCCUGCAGGCCUCCCGGGCUCCAGCCACUCCUAGGGAUGAGGACCUGGAGGAGGAGGAAGAGGAGGAGGAGGAUGAGGACGAGGAUGAUUUGCUGACGGCUGGGUGUCAGGGGCUGGUGACGUUUGAAGAUGUGGCUGUGUACUUCUCCCUGGAGGAGUGGGAAAGGCUGGAAGCAGACCAGCGGGGCCUCUACCAGGAAGUCAUGCAGGAGAACUAUGGGAUUCUCGUGUCCUUGGGAUACCCAAUUCCCAAGCCCGAUCUGAUCUUCCGGCUGGAACAAGGGGAAGAACCUUGGGUCCCAGAUAGCCCCCGACCUGAGGAAGGAGACAUCGUCACUGGCGUCUACACAGGAGCCUGGUUCUGGACGGACGACAUAGAGGACCACGAGGAGGAAGACGACGAGGACUUCCUGGCGGAGGUGGCCGAGGAGGAGAACGAGCCCCCAGGGCUCUGGUCGGCGGCCUACGGCGUGGGGGACGUGCCUGGGACGUGGGGGCCCGACGACUCGGAUUCGGCGCAGACUCCAGAGGGGUGGGGGCCCGACCCAGGCGGCCUGGGGGUCCUGGCCGACGGCUCUGAAGCGAAGCCUUUCCUGCCCGGCCGGGAGCCGGGUGCGAACCUGCUGUCGCCCUGGGCGUUCCCUGCCGCAGUGGCCCCGCCUGCCGGGAGGCCGGAGACCACGUGCGACGUGUGCGGCAAGGUCUUCCCGCACCGCUCGCGGCUGGCCAAGCACCAGCGCUACCACGCGGCCGUCAAGCCCUUCGGCUGCGAGGAGUGCGGCAAGGGCUUCGUGUACCGCUCGCACUUGGCCAUCCACCAGCGCACGCACACGGGCGAGAAGCCCUUCCCGUGCCCGGACUGCGGCAAGCGCUUCGUCUACAAGUCGCACCUGGUUACGCACCGACGCAUCCAUACUGGCGAGCGGCCCUACCGCUGCGCCUUCUGCGGCGCGGGCUUCGGGCGCCGCUCCUACCUGGUCACGCACCAGCGCACGCACACGGGCGAGCGACCCUACCCGUGUCCGCACUGCGGCCGCAGCUUCAGCCAGAGCUCGGCGCUGGCACGGCACCAGGCGGUGCACACGGCCGACCGCCCGCACUGCUGCCCCGACUGCGGCCAGGCCUUCCGCCUGCGCGCCGACUUCCAGCGCCACCGACGCGGCGGGGGCUGCGCGGAGGCGGGUGGUGACGGCCCCCGGCGGGAGCCCGGCGAGACGGCGGCCGCCGCGGGGCCCGAGGACACGGACCCUGGGCCAGAGGGAUCUGAAGUUGGCGAGGCGGACGGAGAGGCGGAGGCCGCGGCUGAGGAGAGAGAGGAGGCGGCGGUGGCGGCGCCCACCCCCAGCGGCAAGGUGGACCCCGCGCCGGAACGGCGCUUCCUGGAGCUGGGCAACGGCCUCGGGGAGGGCGAAGGCCCCUCCUCCCACCCGCUGGGCUUCCACUUCCCCGUGCACCCCAAGUCCUGGCUGCACCCGGACAGCUUCCCGAUCCUGGGCCUACCCGACUUCCGAGAGCGGCUGCCGGUCGACGGGCGCCCGCACCCGGCGCCCCUGGGGGGCCCGCUCUCCCUGGUGGAGGGCACCGGGCUGGCGUGCGACCCUUUCGGCGGCGGCGGGGCCGGGGGCGGCGGAGGCGGCCUGCGCGCGUUCGGGCCCGCCAUCGGGGGUCUGCUGGCGGAGCCCGCGCCGGCCGCGCUGGCGGAGGAGGAGAGCCCAUGGAUCUGCUCGGACUGCGGCAAGACGUUUGGGCGCCGGGCCGCGCUGGCCAAGCACCAGCGCUACCACGCGGGCGAGCGGCCGCACCGCUGCGCCGACUGCGGCAAGAGCUUCGUGUACGGCUCGCACCUGGCGCGCCAUCGGCGCACACACACCGGCGAGCGGCCCUUCCCGUGCCCCGAGUGCGGCGCGCGGUUCGCCCGCGGCUCGCACUUGGCGGCGCACGUGCGCGGCCACACGGGCGAGAAGCCGUUCGUGUGCGGCGUGUGCGGUGCGGGGUUCAGCCGUCGCGCGCACCUGACGGCGCACGGGCGCGCGCACACCGGGGAGCGGCCUUACGCGUGUGGAGAGUGCGGCCGGCGCUUCGGGCAGAGCGCGGCGCUGACGCGGCAUCAGUGGGCGCACGCCGAGGAGAAGCCGCACCGCUGCCCCGACUGCGGCAAGGGCUUCGGCCACAGCUCGGACUUCAAGCGGCAUCGGCGCACGCACACGGGCGAGAAGCCCUUCCGCUGCGCCGACUGCGGCCGCGGCUUCGCGCAGCGCUCCAACCUGGCCAAGCACCGGCGCGGCCACACGGGCGAACGCCCCUUCCCGUGCCCUGAGUGCGGCAAGCGCUUUUCGCAGCGCUCAGUGCUGGUCACGCACCAGCGCACACAUACGGGCGAGCGGCCCUACGCCUGCGCCAACUGCGGCCGCCGCUUCUCGCAGAGCUCGCACUUGCUCACCCACAUGAAGACGCACCGCGGAGCCACCGCAGCGCCGGGCUCGGGUUCGGCCCCAGCCCCCGCGCCCAAGCCCGAGGCGGCCGCCAAGGGGCCGUCCAGUGCCGGCCCGGGUGAGCGCGGCAGCGCUCUGCUGGAGUUCGCGGGCGGCACAAGCUUCGGCUCCGAGCACCAGGCCGCGUUCGCCGGGCCCUCGGGCGCCUACCGGGAGGGCGUCCUGUGAGGGGCCCGGGGCCGACGGCAGCGCAGCCUGCAGGGCCACCGGUCCCUCCCUUGGACGGCCGGCCCCCCGCUCCUCGGGCCCCAGGAGGCUGAGGGUCCCAGUCCUGGGUGCGGUGCCUUCCCUCAGCCCUCGCCCUGCGGCCCCGGGUCUCAUGCCCGCCGGGUCCGUGUGCUCAGCCGGAGACGUGGGGGAGCUCUGGGGAGAAGAGCAGCGCGGAGGCAGCGAGGCCGGGACGUCACCCCCACGGAGACUGCGAUAUCCCCGGGGUGUGAAGCAGGGCGGUAGUUGGCGGGCGAUGCUAUUUAUUUCACUCGGAUUCCGACUUGGGUGGUCUGGGGAGCAAGGGACUUGUGUGUUUGCAACUGGGUGUGGCGGCGAGGGAGGGGAAAGUCCUUGCGCCACGGGGGGGUGGGGCCCAGCCACCCAGGUGGGCCAGCGGGAUGCCUGGGAGGCCGGUGGGUUUGGCUGACCACUUCUUCCCAUUCCUCAGUGGGAGACUUGGGCCCUCCCGGUCAUCCGAGUCUGUCCCGAAGGUUUAACUGCGCGCGGCGAGGGGAGGCCUUGUAGGUUUCCAAAGGGCGGAGCUCCAGUGGGAAAACUUGAAACUUGUCUGCGGAUAUUUAUUUCCACCUCUUGUAUGGCCUGAAGAAUCUAGGAGGAGAAAAAGCCAGAUACCAAACUUACGGCCAGGCAGACGGGUCGCGGGUGUUGACAGGGUCCUGAGGGAGUUUGAAGCCUUAUUCUCGAGCCGCCUCCUCUCCUCUACCCACACUUGCACCGAGGUCACCCCGGCACCCGCCGCACCGGUUCGGUUUUGGUCUCUGCUUGUCCUCUCAGUCCUUGGUACUUUCGUCUCCCUCAGCCGGAGGUGGCAAACUCAGACAUCUACGGGCGCCCGAGGCCCUCGCAGCCCUGAGCCCCAGCUUUCACUUCCCUGGGCUGCCCCUCUCCGGGAGCAGGCAGACGCCCCGUUCUCGGAGCCCAGCGCUCACUUAGAGCGACUGAGGUUGGUCAAAGGAUCUUUCCCCACAUCCCAUAAUCAGGGCCCUAGGACACUCGCAGGUCCCUUUAACUCUGCUUCUGUCAUUACACUAGAACAAGUAGUGUUUCUGUUUAGAGUCCCAUUUCACAAAUUGGUUAGUGGAGGCACCCGUGGCCUGGCAGCUUGCACAGUGGCUGUCCACCUCGGGGGGGUGUGGACCUGAGCCGUGGCUCAGUGACAAACCAGGCACCCAACUAUGCAAGGCCCCUGCCUGGUGGGCAUCCUACCCUCUGGACUGGGCCCAUGGAAGCCACUGGGCGGGCAGCUGGGGUGUAGUUCAUGUGAAGCCCCGUUCCCCUCACGCUUUUGGGGCCACUGUGAAUGGGGCCAGGAAACGGAUUUUUGGUGCAGCUGCAUUCCCUAAUAGACCUAGUUCCCUCCACGUUAGUGUAGACAUGGCCUUGGGGGCUGAGCGCAGCAGCCAGGCUGCCAGGGCUGGGGGCGGGUAGGAGGCACGGUAGUUGGUGGGUGGGAAGAGGGCCUGGGUGGUGGCGGUCAGUUAGCCUGGCUGGGUGAGGUUGCGGGGCGGGGUGGUGAGGAGAGCAGGGGUCCCAGGGAGGCAUCGGGGUGCUGGGUAAUGACCUCGGCCCUGGGUUUCUCCUCUCCCUGUGGGACAGGAGCCUCAGAAAGGGCCAAGGGCAAGGUGGGCUUGGGGGGCUCCAGGAAUCUCAGCUCUAGCCCUGUAUGGCCAGGAUCUGCUGUCCCCGUCCCUCCUGGGCCCCAGCAGCUGUCCUGCAGCCGUCAGCAGGAGGGCCUGGCUUUAAUAAAGAGUGGACAAACUGAA